GACGGCACUCAACCAGCUCAAGACACCCAGGUCGACGGCGCUGUUGAGACCCAAGCCGCCACCUCCAUCAAUGGCACUGGCUCUGGCGGCGGCCUUACAGCGCUACCACCCGGGCCCUCCUCUGUGCUGAUGCAUGGUUACACUGGCUACGGCCUUACAGGUUACGGGGACCAGGCUUUCUUCUCCAAUUCGAAUCCUCUGAGCACCUUCCUCUCUACGCCGGCUGGUAACCCAUUCCUGGCGGCACGGGCACUGAGGUUGUACGGCAAGCAGACAGCCAAUGUAGUCAUGGAGACCGAGCCCCAAGCUGCGGCAGACAUGCUUGCCCUUCUUGCGUGUACGGACCCCAAGUCUUGCCUAGUGGAGUUGGUCAGGCUCAAGGACUUUCUGUCCAAGCCCAGUGCGCCCGGCCAAGGCAAGGUUGCUGCAGAGCUGGUGAUGCAUGCCCCUAUCCUGCUCACCACGCUACUGGGCCAGGAAGCCUAUGAGAACUUGUCCAAGACUAAGGGCCAGGCACGUGUCAAUCUCCUUCAAGCCAUGCUCCACCAUCAGCUUGCUGGAUACAACGGCAAAUGCAAUGAGAAGGUGGGCUGCACGCCCUCAGUGGAGCCCCUGCCUCAAGAUCGACGGCUUUCAUUUGGUGUGGCUGCCUCUUCAAUGGCUCCAACUAUGAUGCGGCCUAGGCCUUUCAGUCCCUCAGCGGCCGCCAGGACAGCUGCCCCGCCCUCAGGCCGUCCAUCGUUGCCUGCCAGCUUCAAGAACGAGGGUGUGACGUACAAGCAGAACAAGCUCGUGCCCUUCAUCUUUGUCAGCACGUGUGGCAGUGUCUCCCGGACAACAUCAGAGGGCAUCAAGGUGCUAGAGGCCAAAAUCCAGGUCGGCACCGGGCACCUUGUUAUCAAGACAAGGCUAGCUGCUGGCAAGAACCCGAAGGAGGUCCAGGUGCGGAGGCUUGUAGCCUCGACCUUCAUGUCCUCAGAGGAUCUGGGGCUGCUGGGCCUGACGUCUGCCUCUGACCUCAAGGGGCACUCGUCUGGCAGUCAUCAACUUGGCACCAAGGAUGGUGACAAAACCAAUGUUGCCCUUGACAACUUAGUCAUUAAGAAGCGCGGCUGAUUAUUGCGCCUUAUGCCAGAAAGCAUGAGAUGAUCUAAGCUAAUUUCAUGUCGUACGAAAUGCAUGGUCUUUGCAGGAUUAGAGAGACAACAACUAAUGCAGGGGUGAAAUUGCUGAGAAAUGCAAUUAUUGAAGUCCGUUAUGUCGUAGAAUAUGACACGUAAUAUUCGAUGUUUGGCUGCAGGUGUUUAUCGUGCAUAGGUUGGUAAAUAUGGUUUCUUUUUUUGGAAACGUGCCUACGGACUUGCUUGGGAUUACAGGAUUGGAUUCUUAAUUAAAUUCCACUCUUCGAGAGAGAGAGAGAGAGAGAGAGCAUGAGAUCGCUAAGCUGCGUGCAGGGCAGCCAUUGUAAACCCUUAUCCAUGCAUAGCUGAGUAAUGAACCCAACUGAAUUCGGGCACACGUAAGCAGCGUGGCAGCAUGAUACUGGCAGCAUGAACAAAACUCUUCAGUUCACAAAUUUAUAUCUUUGCCAAUACUUAACCGUUUGACACACGAACAUAAGCAGCGGCCUCAGCUAGACACAUAGAUUACGGGGGCACACUCCUUGCAGUUGCCCCAUUGAUGGCGAGCACAGGAAAAAUGGGCAAAAACCGUUGUUCGUUAUCACUAAAGGGGCCUUGCUACGCCCCGCCAUGCACCCUAGCUACUGGCGCAGGUUCCAGU